AUUCGCGCGGCGCCACCUCCUGGACUGAGGCAAUCGCUGGCGCCAGCAUCUGAUUCCCGUGCUGCGGCCCGGGCACACGCGGACCGCGCGUCCUCGCCAUGGCGCCCCUCUCGACGCGGCUGCUGUUCCAACGGGGGCGACCCAAGAGCGACCGGCUGGGGAAGAUCCGGAGCUUGGACCUGUCAGGGCUGAAUCUGCUCUCAGAGGACUUGGACCUCAAUCUCCUGGGUCGCUUGAAGCAGCUGCAAGAGCUGGACCUCUCCGACAACCAACUGGAAACGCUGCCUGCUGACCUGGGUCUGCCCCACUUGCAUGUUCUCCAUUGUGCCAACAACCAGCUGAGCGACGUCACCCCCCUCUGCCAGUUCCCGCAGCUCGAGGAGCUCAGCCUGGAGGGCAACCCCUUCCUGACAGUCAGUGACAGCCUGAAAGUCACCUUCCUCCUGCCCGAGCUCCGUAAGUUCAACGGCAAGGAUGUUUCCACCACUCGCUCUAAGGCAGAGAACCUGAAUCGGGAGCUGACCACCAGGGUCGCAACUCACUGGAGGAAGUUCAUGGCCGCACUGAGCCCAGAGGAGCAGGCAAAGGCCCAGGCCAACUUUGUGAAGUCAGCUGUCAGGAAUGUCCGCUACGGGCCCGUGUCGCUCAGCGAAUUCACCCAGUGGCGGGUGCGGAUGAUCUCUGAGGAGUUGGUGGCCUCUGGUGGAACCCACGCGCGUGAGGCAGACAUGCCAGAGGGGCCCCACAAAGCCACAGCUACCCAGGAGCCCAGGGCCAGGCCUGUGGCCUUGAGGCGGCCAGGUGAUACCCCACUCAGCCUCUUCCCCCAGAAACGGGUGUGCACCUCCCCGUUGGCGCCAGUGGAGGGCAGCCUUGUGGGCUCUGACAGCAGCCAGCUGGAGCCCCUGCACUUCCUGCAGUGCCACAGCAAGAACAACAGCCCCAGCGACCUGAGAACGCAGCUUUGGGCCUGCGCCUUCGAGCCGGCCUGGGAUGAAGGGCAGGCAGGGGCCACGUCGCAGACCGUGGCCACGUGUGGUGGGGAAGCCGUGUGUGUGAUCGACUGCCAGACGGGCAUUGUACUACACAAGUACAAGGUGCCUGGCGAGGAGUUCUUCUCCGUGGCCUGGACCACCCUGACGGUGGUCACACAGACCGGCCACAAGAAGCGCUGGAACGUGCUGGCGGCUGCGGGCCUGCGUGGGCUGGUCCGGCUGCUGCACGUGCAGGCCGGCUUCUGCUGCGGGCUCAUCCGGGGCCACAAGAAGGCCAUUGCCACCCUCUGCUUCAGCCCCACCCACGAGACCCACCUCUUCACGGCCUCCUACGACAAGCGCAUCAUCCUCUGGGACAUCGGGACACCCAACCAGGACUACGAAUUCCAGGCCAGCCACCUGCUCACACUGGAUACCACCUCCACCCCACUGCGCCUCUGCCCUGUUGCCCCCUGCCCGGACACCUACCUGCUGGCCGGCUGUGAGGGCGGCUGCUGCUGCUGGGAUGUGCGGCUGGACCAGCCCCAGAAAAGGAGGGUGUGUGAAGUAGAGUUCGUCUUCUCCGAGGGCUCCGAGGCAUCCGGACAGAGAGUGGACGGGCUGGCAUUCGUGAACGAGGAUGUCGUGGCCUCCAAGGGGAGCAGCCUGGGCACCAUCUGCCUGUGGAGCUGGAGCCAGACGUGGCAGGGCCGGGGCAGCCAGCCCACGGUGGCUGUGGUGGUCCUGGCUCGGCUGCAGUGGUCGCCCACCAUCCUGGCCUACUUCUCCCUUAGCACGUGUCCUGACAAGGGGCUUGUGCUCUGCGGGGACGAGCAGGGCAGUGUGUGGAUCUAUGACGUCAGGCCCCUCCUGGCGCAGCGCUCCCCGCCGCAGGCAGCCCCGCAGGCCCCCACGCAGAUCCUUAAGUGGCCCCAGCCCCAGGCGUUGGGCCAGACGGUGACCAAGACGAUGGUAAACACGGUGGUGGCCAACCCCACCUUUACCUACCUUACGGCGCUGACCGACUCCAACAUCGUCGCCAUCUGGAGAAGGGGCGAGCCCUGAGCACACAGGCCUGCUUCCACCACGGGGCACCAGGGACACAACUUAACUUAUUCAGCUUUGGGGGUAGUAAUGGGAUCUUUAUGUCUGUGUUGUUGUUUUUUUUUUAAUUAAACGCUACUUUGUAAUAGAA